UCAUAUGGAGAGCACUUUACAUUUUGAGCCCUAAAAUUCCAGUUCGAUUUGAUGAACAUGUGAGAGAGUUUGCAGUUAUUAACAUACAUGUAGUAAAACAAAUAAAAUAGCCGACAUUAAUUACUUUUCUAACUGCACUACAAUUUUAUAUAGUGACAUCAUCGAAAACCGAAAAUGAUACGCAUAAAGUGUGGAGAUUCUAAUUUGGAUCCGAUGCCAAUAAAAAUUGGUAUCAUAGGAGGUUCUGGCUUAGACGAUCCGGAUAUACUUGAAAAUCGUAAAGAAACACAUAUUACUACGCCAUUUGGUGAAACUUCCGAUGCUCUAAUAGAAGGAGAAAUUGCCGGCGUUAAAUGUGUGCUUCUUGCGCGGCAUGGACGGAAACAUGACAUUAUGCCAACGAAUGUUAAUUAUCGUGCCAACAUAUGGGCUAUGCGUAAUCUAAACUGUACACACGUAAUAGUCUCAACAGCCUGUGGUAGUUUGCGUGAAGAUAUACGUCCUGGUGAUUUGAUAGCACCUCAUGACUUCAUUGAUCGCACCACAAAACGUGCCCAAACCUUUUACGAUGGUAGUGAAAAUAGUCCACGUGGUGUGUGCCAUUUACCAGUGUUUCCAGCUUUUAAUGAUCGCACACGCAAACUUUUAAUAUCAACCGCUAGUGAAUUGGGCUACACUGUCCGUGAUGGCGGCACUGUAGUAGCAAUUGAAGGGCCACGUUAUUCUUCACGUGCUGAGAGUAACAUGUAUCGCCAGUGGGGUGGAGACCUUGUCAAUAUGACGAUUUGUCCCGAGGUAGUACUUGCAAAGGAAGCAGGACUUUUGUAUGCUUCGAUUGCCAUGGCUACAGAUUACGAUUGUUGGCGAAUAGGUUGUGAGAGCGUCAAUGUGGAGGAAGUACUUAAAACAUUCGCAGAAAAUGUUGUUAAAAUUAAAAAAAUUCUUACAAAAGCUGUGGAGAAUAUUGCCAAAGAAGAUUGGAGUGAAGAGAUAGAAAGCGCAAAUCAAUGCGUCUGUAAAAACACGAUGUCCGCUGACAUGUGACGCUUUUUAACACUAUGCACCAAAAUUACUAAAGACACAAUAAUAAAGAAUAAAUCAGCAAAUAAAAUGUUACGAAAUCCUAAUAUGAAUCUUACACCAAAAGUUCAUUGCAUUUUGAUAUUAUAUGAUCUACCUGCACUCCAAAAAGAACAAAAAAAACCAACGUCCUUAGCACAACGUAAGCAUUCUUUGCUACGCUAUCGUCUGCAAAAACGACGUGCCGUUAAGCGCCGCGCAGGAUGCACGGGACGCAGCGACAAAAAAAA